AUGACUGACGAUGAAACGGAAGAUGAAGCUGAUGCCGACGGUUUGGGAGAUACCAAAGAGGACGUGGCAACAGCGGACAAGACGGAGGACAGGGAGCAAACAGUAGUAGUGGCAGCCAGUAAUCCGGAGGACAAAGAACAAAGAGGAGGCCAUCUUGACACGAACGAAGGAGAAGACUUCGGAAGAGGAAAGAGAGAAAGAAAGCCAGCUGAAAAGUAUUCAGCAUUGCAAACAACAGAGAUCAAGAAGACCUCUGGAAAGGUAAAGGGAAAGGUGAACAGCUUUCAGAGGAGAAAAAGAGCCGCUCACAAUAAGAAAAGAAAUAAGACUAGCAAAAGUUUGAUCACGAAAAGAUCGGCAAAUAAAAAGAAGGCCAAAAGGAAAAAUAUUUCCUUUUUGUUUUUGAACAAGAGGUUCAAAGAUUUGGAAAAGGAAGAAAAGGUGGAUUUCUUCACUUGUGCAUGGGAGGAACACCAGCUCACCGGAAAGACACACCUGUUGGAGCGAUAUACCACCGGACUUGCGUUUGCCCAAAUGUCUGCCAAGCAGGGCAUCAAGAAGUACGACAAAGAAGCAGAACUGAAGCUAAUUGCCGAGUUCACACAGUUACUAGAGUUCCAAGUUUUCCACGGAGUUAAAGCAGACGGACCCGACGGCAUCUCUUUGGAAGAAAAGAGAGGAGCCGGAGACAUGAUCAAUCUUAUUGAGGAAAAGAUCAAUAGAGGACACACCGAUGAGAAUCCAGUGCUAAGAGCUAGGAGCGUUUUCAACGGUUGA